GUUCGGCAGUUCCCGACGUAUGUAAUCAGCUUUAACAUAUUUUUUCACGUUCAUUUUUGAUCUAUUUGGAAAAAGAAGUAGUCUUGGACAUUUUAAUUGUUUUUUAAAACCCAUUGAAAUUAUUUAAAUCGCAAAACUUUGUUUUACCUUUCCCAAUCUACAUCAUUCCAUUGUUUUGGUUCGCUCGCCCGCCCACAUCGAAGAACACUCCGACGCGGGUAAACAAGCCGCGUAGUUUGAGGCCACUAAAAAAGUAAUGGCACUGGGCGGUGAGAUAACAUUCGUGCUAUUUUGAUUUUUGAUGGUGAUAUUGGUAUCUUUUUCAUUUUCUAGCUCAAGCUGCAUAGGGGCUGGCGGCUGCUGGCUUGGCAGGCCGUAUUACCUCUUAAGCCAUUCCAAAGCGAAAAAGAGAAAAUGGAAUGUUUGAAGGACCAGAUCAGCAUUCUACGAAGCCUUCUUCUUGUGCCGACCGGGUGUGUGCCUCCCGCCGUGUUUCUGUACGGCCACCCGAGCACGGGAAAGACGACGGCGCUGUCAGCCGUGCUGUCAGAGUUUAGCGGUCCGCGGGCAGUGGUCAGCUGUGUCGAGUGCUACACGCCGCUACUGCUGUAUCAGCUCGUCCUGCGACAGCUGUCAGACACAGAGAGAAAAUGUGAUGGAAUCAGCAGCUUCGUGACCGCAUUACAAGCCAUCGGCACUGAACGGCCCGACGAGAAUAUAGCUAUAGUGCUGGAGGGUGCCGAGAGGCUCCGUGACCUGGACGAGGGCGUGCUCUCGUCCCUGCUGCGACUACAGGAGCUCACCGGCCGCCCAGUCUGUCUCCUGCUCACCUCCAACCUGGUGUGGGAUAAGUUCCAGACGCCGGGCGGUCUGCCGCAGCCACUGCUCGUCCAUUUCCCGCAGUAUAGCCGCGAGGCGCUGCAGUCGAUCCUGGCGCUGGACCGGCCGUCAGACGUGGACGAACAAUUCUACUCGGGCUACCUGAACCUCAUCCUGUCCGUGUUCGUGGUGCCGUGCCGCAACGUGCGCGAGCUGCGCCACCUGGCGCGCGCCAGUCUGGCGCACUACCGGGCGCCAGUGCUUUCUGGCGAGGUGGCGCCCACCGACCUCCGCCGGCUCUGGCGGCACGUGGAGCCGCACCUGCGGGCGGCGCUGCGCUCCGUCUACCUGCGCGAGGCGGAUAGCGCCCAGUGGCUGCGCACUCAGACUCAGCUACCCGCGGCGGCCGUCCAGCCGAGCUCGCACGACCAGCCGGGGAUACUGGACGCCGCCGACCACCAGCGACUCAACACGGAGCUACCGUUCUACUCGAAAUUCCUCCUGAUUGCCGCCUAUCUGGCCUCGUACAACCCGGCCAAGUCGGAUCGGCGAUUCUUUGUCAAACGCACCGGGAAGGGCGCUGGUCGACUGAAGGCUCGCCCGCCCGCCGGCGCGCGCGUGUCGGCUCUCCUAACCGGACCGAGAGCGUUCCCUCUAGACAGACUGCUGGCUAUCUUCUAUGUGAUCGUGGAGGACCGUGUAGCUCCUACAGCCAGUAUCUACUCUCAGGUGUCAUCGCUGGUCACCCUGCGCAUGCUCACAAGGCUCGGUGGGAGCGACAAUCUGGACUCUGCCAAGUACAAGUGUCUAGUGAGCUUCGACACGGUCAAGUCGAUCGCCAAGACGGUGAAUUUCGAGGUGGAGUGGUACUUGUAUGACUUUGUUUAAAUUUUUGCUUGAAAAGCACGACUUUGAUGUUUGGCUCGGUGUGGUAUUCAGUGCCAAUGCUUCGGAAGUGGCAUGUGUAAAAAAGUGUGUCAAUUUUCCAAUGGCGCGCUGUCUCAGGAGACUCAUUUGCCGUCCUGGGCUUCGCCGCAAUGUUGUGUUGUGACUUGUGUCGCGAUAUCGUGGUGGCUGACGGGUUGUGAUCUCGUGUUUGAGCUGCAUGGGUGCGCCCUGUGAUACUGCUGAUGCCAUACGGUCUGAUUUGCCUCAUCAUGUUUCGGCAUCUGUUUCUCAUUACCUCACGAUAGUCGGACGCGUCUCUCGAUGCUGUUGUCGACUGCUCAGGCAGUGGAAGUGAGUGAUGUUCCUUGGAUCCCUUCGCUGUGAUCCUGAUGUCUAGCUAUCGUUGAAGUAAAACAGUUAGUGUUUCUUGCCCAGUCGUGCUAUCUCGGAUGUUUGCGAGUCCUUUGGAGCGACACAAGCACGUUGCCCAAUAUUUAUCGCACGAUGAACUUGCGCUGUGCGUGUCCAAGUGUUUGUCGUGGCCCAGAAUUGUCAUCAUCUGACAAAUACAAACGCCUUUUUUA